AUGAGCCUCAAAAUACUACAAAUUAAUGUUGGGAGAUCUGAAAGCUCCCACGACCCCGCCCUUGCGACCGCCGAACAACGGGACGUACAUUUGGUACUCUUGCAGGAACCAAAUAAGGCAUAUGCGACGAGACAAAACCUCAUCACCGACGACAACCAGGAUACCGCCAUAUUUUGUAGAAAUAAAGACGCAGGCGUGGAGUCCCAUGAUGUAGGAAGAGGGUAUGCGGUAGUGCAUUUCCGCAGCUUCGCCCUUUAUAAUUGUUACGUCUCACCAAACAGUACAUUACGAGACUUCGAGAGGAUAAUUGAUACCAUCAUGAACAGUAUAAGAACUGACAAAAAAGCGGCAGUAGUGGUAGGAGAUCUAAACGCAAAAUCCUACUUGUGGGGUUAUGCGGUAGAGGAUGGAAGGGGAGAAUAUAUAGCGGACUGGUUAAAUGCCCUAGAUAUGGCCUUCGGGAACAGUGGAAACUCUCCCACCUUUGUUAGAGGAAACAGCGAAUCCAUUAUGGACAUAACUUUUGCAACAUCCACUAUAUUUGAGAAAUUAGUGAACUGGGAAGUAUUGCAACAAGAGUCUUUGAGUCACCAUCGAUAUAUCUAUUUUGAAAUAGAGGACGAAAGGAGAGCACCUCGUAAAACAAGGCCAUGCAAACCAAAAAUCAAUAAAGAAAUCUUCAAGUCAGUCAUCGAAAUCCUGGAACCCAAUAUCGGGCACUCGAAUACUAAGUUAAUUCAGAUUAUAAUGAAGGCGAAAAAGGCAAGUCAAUAA